UUGUCCCUGCGAGUUCUUUAAGUUCCCUGCAAUCUGUACACAAGAGAAGGAGGGAGAGAGAGAGGGAGAGAGACAGAGAGAGCAAGGGAUCAGGUAAAGCACUGGGGCUGCUGCAGCCAUUCAGACUCAGGAGCUGAUUUUGAACCUCAUCCUGGAAUCAAUGGGAAACAGCUGGAGGCCUCAAAGCAGGGGAAUGAUGGUCCUACGUGCUUGCUGAGUGAAGUAAGAGUGAUGCUGAAGGCCAAGUACGAGACAAAGGCAGAAGCUCAGCGCAUUAACCAGAUGAUAAUCUGCAAAGAGUGUCCAAGUCUUUGGGGUAGAAGACUUGACAGUUUUCACUGAAGAUUCGACCUGUCCGUUGACAGAAUUCACCUGUGCUACCUAAGUCACAUGAGCAGAGAACCAGGUGAUCCAAUGAAAUCCCACUCUGGAGGAAUGUUACAACAAAAUCUUCUUGUAUGAACAGAGACAGGUGCCUGGUCCUUGAGUCUGCAGUGGUAGAAGACCCAGCAUUUUGGUAACAAUUUUAGAAAGAAGCAGAAGAAAGAUGGGACUUAGGGCUGAGGUUUCCUUCUGCUAAACAAGCAAGCUCUUGCUCUUAAUUACUAAGCCCCAAACCCAAGGAAAGAAGACAAACCAGGACUGUCUUCCCACCACGAAAAUUGCCAAGGAUGCAGAAGGAAAUGAAGAUGAUCAAAGAUGAGGAUGUGCAUUUCAGUUUGGGUGUGAAGAGAGCCCCCUCCUUUCCCCACUGCCUGCAGCCAGUGGUUUCCCAAGGGAAAGCUCCCCAAAGACACCCCUUCCCAGAAGCUCUCCGGGGGCCUUUUUCCCAAUUUCGGUAUGAACCUCCUCCGGGACACCUGGAUGGAUUCCCAGGGGUCUUUGAAGGAGGAGGGUCUCGGAAACGGAAGAGCAUGCCCACCAAGAUGCCCUACAACCACCCUGCGGAAGAAGCCCCUCUCGCCCUCCAUGAGGAGAGCAAAAACCACGGCCCUCCGAACCUCUCUCUGCUCUUCCCGCAGCCCCCGCGCCCCAAGUAUGACUCGCAAAUGAUCGACCUGUGCAACGUUGGCUUCCAGUUCUACCGCACCCUGGAACACUUGGGGGGCAAGCCCGUCAAGCAGGAGCCCGUGAAGCCCAGUGCUGUGUGGCCCCAGCCGUCCCCCGCUCCGUUCCUGCCCACGCCCUACCCCUACUACCCCAAGGUGCCCCCGGGCCUCAUGUUCCCCUUCUUCAUGCCCUCGGCCUCCCCCUUCCCCUUCAGUCGGCACACCUUCCUGCCCAAGCAGCCCCCGGAAGUGCUGCUGCCGCGCAAAGCCGAGCCUCAAGAGAGCGAGGAGACCAAGCAGAAGGUGGAGAGGGUGGAUGUGAACGUGCGCAUCGACGACAGUUACUACGUGGACGUGGGCGGGGCGCAGAAGCGCUGGCAGUGCCCCACCUGCGAGAAGUCCUACACCUCCAAGUACAACCUGGUCACCCACAUCCUGGGCCACAGCGGGAUCAAGCCGCACGCCUGCACCCGCUGCGGGAAGCUCUUCAAGCAGCUCAGCCACCUGCACACCCACAUGCUGACCCACCAGGGCACGCGGCCCCACAAGUGCCAGGUGUGCCACAAGGCCUUCACGCAGACCAGCCACCUGAAGCGCCACAUGAUGCAGCAUAGCGAGGUGAAGCCGCACAACUGCCGCGUGUGCGGCCGCGGCUUCGCCUACCCCAGCGAGCUCAAGGCCCACGAGGCCAAGCACGCCAGCGGGCGCGAGAACAUCUGUGUGGAGUGCGGCCUCGACUUCCCCACUUUGGCCCAGCUGAAGAGACACCUCACCACGCACCGGGGGCCCAUCCAGUACAGCUGCUCCGAGUGCGACAAGACCUUCCAGUACCCGAGCCAGCUGCAGAACCACAUGAUGAAGCACAAGGACAUCCGGCCCUACAUCUGCUCCGAGUGCGGCAUGGAGUUCGUGCAGCCCCACCACCUCAAGCAGCACUCCCUCACGCACAAGGGCGUGAAGGAGCACAAAUGUGGGAUCUGUGGACGGGAGUUCACUCUGUUGGCCAACAUGAAGAGACACGUGCUGAUCCAUACCAACAUUCGUGCCUACCAGUGUCACCUCUGCUACAAGAGUUUUGUGCAGAAACAGACCCUCAAGGCACACAUGAUCGUCCACUCUGACGUGAAGCCUUUCAAAUGCAAGCUGUGUGGGAAGGAAUUCAACCGGAUGCACAACCUAAUGGGUCACAUGCACCUGCACUCUGACAGCAAACCCUUCAAGUGUCUCUACUGUCCGAGCAAAUUCACCCUAAAGGGGAACCUGACACGCCACAUGAAAGUCAAGCACGGGGUCAUGGAGCGGGGCCUCCAUUCUCAAGGUUUUGGAAGGGGGAGAAUGGCCCUGGCCCCGGCGGCGGGCGUGCUCAGGAGUCUGGAACAGGAGGAGCCCUUUGACCUUUCCCAGAAGCGUGGGGCAAAGGGGCCAGUGUUCCGGUCGGACGGGGAGAGCGCCCGGGGCAGCCCCUGCCACGAGGAAGAGGGGGAGGACACCAGCCGUGAGGUGGGGCGAGACAGCCCGGGCCCGGCCCCGCAGAGCAGGCAGCCCUGCACACCCCAUGGUCUACCCGCCCACCCCGAGCCGGCUCCCAGGGCCCUCGAGGACCCCUGUGAGGAGCAAGAGGAGGACGACGAUGGGGACAAGCCCCGAGGAGAGCACCAGGAGAGGAGCAAGGGCAGCUGCGGGGCAGAGGGCAGCCCGCAGAGACGAUCUGCCCUCAGAGAAGAGCGUCCCCGCCUCAGGGCUCUGCAGAGUGCCCGGCGGGGCCCCUCCUUCUCUGAUUACUUGUACUUCAAGCACAGAGAUGAGAGUUUAAAAGAAUUACUGGAGAGGAAAAUGGAAAAACAAGCAGUGCUUUUAGGUAUCUAAGUGGACAGUUUUCAAAUUGCAUUUAGAAAAUGAGAACUAGGCAGUUCAAAUAUAGCUUUCUGCAUGAGUUGUCAUUUGCUGGAGACUGGCAAAUGGUGCAAAUCUUUAUAAAUGGCUCAGACUACAUGAGCAGGGAUUUGUCCUCAGUCAUGUAAACGCUUCUCAGGUCUCUCGUUGGGCCCUUGAUUUCUAACACACAUGCAGGGUCCUCUUCAGUGCUAUUUUAUGCAUCUUCACUAUAAUAGACUGUACAUAUCCUAGAUACCUAAUUGUAAGCUGAUGCCGAGGUGCUUUUAGAAAGUCUAUUUUCCUUUGACUAAUAUGCAAUACAUGGGGAAUUUUCUUUAGUUGCAAAAAUAUGGUGCUUGACACGUUACCUUAUCAAUGAUGAUUUAGUUGAAUGUGUGGAAGUUAUCAUAUUUUUCCAGAUAGAUGAAAACAUUCCUAGUUGUAUAUAUGAAAAUCACCUUUAUUAAAUAAGCCAAGACACCAGAAAUGACAAGAAGAGUGAGGUAUUGAAGAGGAUAUUCUCAAGUGGUUGCUGCAGAUAUAAGAGAGAAGUUUAAAAAAUAUGAAUAAUUUCAACUAAUGAAAAACCAGCAGGACUGAGCUUCCUGCCUGGGUCUGCCUUGUUCUGCUUCAGCUGCCUUCAUCGCAUGUGGAAUUUGGAGCGUAUUUUCAGAUGGCCCCAAAGUGGUCAGUGUCUGCAGGCUCACCCCUUGUGUCCUGAGCAGAGCUCCCUCCUGGACACCUUGUUCUGAGGCCCCGUGCCCCAUAAAAGUAGCUGCAGGAAGAGUUGUCGCCUUACGAGCAGCGGCUUUCUCCUCAGCGCCGGAGCUGGGGGCGUGGUGGGGAAGUCUUGCAAUCUGAGUGCUGCUUCUUUAGAAUAUUAGAAUCACCAUCAGCUAAUUACUGCUAAGGGAGUAGCUGAGGUCAGGCUCCUGCAAAGGGGAUGCUGAAGGAAACAGUUUGGGUUUCUGUGGGUACAAGCCCAACUCUGGACUGUGUUCUCAAUGCUGCCUGCACAGUAGAAUCAUCUAGGGGAACUUUUUAAAAAAAUGCCAAUGCUGAGGCCUCAAGUUCUGAGAUUCUGAUUUAAUUUGGUCUAGAGUGGAGCCCCAACUUUGGUGUUUUUUAAAAGGUUCCCCCUGAUGAUUCUUCUGUGCAGGAGGAUCAAGAAAGACUGACUGGGCUAAUAGGGUGGCUCUCUUGGACUCCAUGAAUAUGUGUUUCUGGCUUCAGACUCAUUAAAAUAUGGAGCAGGAGACCUUGAAAUCUUAUUGCUGACCUAGGGCUUCUUACCUGUUCCGUAAGACCCUCACAAGGACACAAACAUACACAUGCAUGUGCACGUGUGCACACACACACACACACACUCACACACACCGUAUAAACACACACUCUUUGUAUUAGGAGAUGAUGCCUGUGAUGUUUAUGGUCACCUAAUAUGUUUAAAAAUACAUAGCCAGCCUACAGUGACUCAUUAUUUCUUCCUAGAUGCUUGAAUCAUGAUUGUAGUGAGUGGCCAUGACUGUCAUGGGUGGGUUGAACCCAGCCAGUAGGCUUUCCUUAGGCACCGGUGCCAAGUAAAGCAGGGCUCACGGGAUGUCGCAGAUCUGUGACUGACCAUAAGCAGUAACCCUCUGGUACUGUGUCUGUGUUUAUGUAAAAACUGCCUCUUGGUUGGUAGUUUCAACUCUUAUUUGUAGAGCGAGGUACUGUUUAUUGUGUGCUUUCUCUCCUCCUAAAGUUCCAGUACAUUUCUUGAGAAGACCUGGCCCGUGUCUGACUGCUGGAUGUCAGCUUUUUCUCUUGGCCAAGGUGCUUCCCCCUGAGACUCAUUGAUUUCUAAUCAUCCCCUCAUGGGCUUUGUCAGUCCCUGACGCAUUUCUCCUGCCCCCCCUCGCCUAAAGCUCUUUCCUUCAGCCUCACCACCACCACAAAUGCCAAAGCUGUUUGGGUUUCCUACCGCCGCCACCUGUGUCCUGAGGUCAGGCUCCUGCAAAGGGGAUGCUGAAGGAAACAGUUUGGGUUUCUGUGGGUACAAGCCCAACUCUGUGCUGGGAAACUGUCCCAAGUCCUCGGAGGGGUGACUUGCCUUCCAGUCAUUAUUGAUAUAGCUCAUUAGUGCCUUUGAUCAAAUCAUGCAGGAGGCUGGCUGCAUGGUCUGUGAGGGCUCCAGCUGUCAGGGUCCCAUUACAAGUUCAUUCUUUCAGUAGCCCAUAGUAGUUGAAGACAUACUUCCAGUGUGUUCUGGGUAUGCCUCGCCAGAACCAGGAAAUCUAGAAUAGCAAGCUCUAGUUUUUUCCAACCAAAUGAAUCAUACGGGAAUGUUUGAGGAUCAAGUUCAUGUUGAGAUAGAGAGAGUAUGGUCUAGAAUGGUGGUUUCCAAAUUGUGGAUCAAGGAGCCAGAGGUCCCUCUUAGGUCCCUCCAAAGCUACUAGAGGAGAAGGAGAAACUCUCAGCCCUCACGCCCACUUCACUCAAAGUGGCUCACAUUUCAUCUGUUUUUCAUGUUAGCCUUCCAAGUAAAAUUUCAUUUUGAGGGAAAAAAAUUCCUAAGAAAAGUAAUUUAAAAAGUGUUAGGAAGUGUAUUAUAAAGCCUGUUUUUAGUUCUUGACUCUGGGUAUGAGAGACUUAAUUAGAUCUAGCCUGAUGAUAAAUAUACACUGACUUUGUGAGAAUUAAGGCUAAAAUCUUGGUUUUGUAUGUUGUUGAGUGACGACCAUCCUGAUUUGCCUGGACCAAGCCUGGUUUAUACCUCUGCCCCAAGAUAAUUGCUAAGAGUAUCACCUCAACUCUCAGAAGUAUCCCAGUUUGGGAGAUAAAUUACAUGGAUACCUCAUGUAUAAGUGCAGAGCAAAGGAAAGGGUUGGCCAACCUUGCCUACUGGGCUAAUUAAUGAGAAUGCAAACCUGAAGGACAGCACGUGGGGAUCACCCUGAGAGAAUUGAGGGGUAAAACCGUCCAAGGUUAUCAGCAUUCUAAGGGCUAGGGCAGAAUAACAUUCACCUUCUUGUGACACUCUGAAAAUAGGUCACUACUGAAAGCUUUCCAGACUUUUGACCGCUGUCACUCUGAAACAGCCAACCGACCAGCCAAGUGGCAUAUUUCUCUUUUAUCCUUUUAUUCAGGCCUAUGAUUACCUCCCUCUUUUUGCCUUCUAAUUCCUCUCUCAUUCUUUCUUUUUAAAAUUUGACUCCCCACUGGCCAUGAGACUGAGGCUGACCUUUCAUAACCCCACAAGGGUAACUGGUAUAUUUGUAUACGAGUAGCUGCAUGAGAAAGUCAAUGUGCAUACUGUAUUUAUUAAGCCCUAAAGGCAUUUAAUAAAAUAUUAACAUCGCAUUUUGAAUCAUGAUCUUUGUCUGCUUUGCUGGAACAACAUGUAACAGAGCUAACAUUUAAAAUCCUUUGCAUAUUUGGACAACAUUACACCAAAUGUUGAUUUUGUACAGAAUUCUGGCUUGCUAUUUAAAUACAAAAACUCCAAGUAUGUAGUAACCCAAGUUGUGAAUAUCGCUUUCUACUUCGGUGAAAAAGCAGUUUACCUGAAAAUAGCAUGUAACCUAUAUUUUGUUAAUUUAAGCAAAUAAAGACAUGUUGAAAAGGCUGAGUUAAUUAUUUGCAAAUACCUGAAAUUUUGCUAGGAAACUACCAUUGUCAGUGUCUCGCUCCUGCCCUCAUACCUUCUG